AUGGACUCGUAUCGCCCUUCUGGCGAAGAUCGCCGGCCUCAUCGAGACAGCGACUCUUACCGACCCCGCCACUACGAGCCUCCACCCCCGCCUCGCGCUUCAUUGCAUGACCGCCCUCAGAUGUAUUACUUCCAAGGCUCGCGCGACAGAGACCCACCAGGACCAUCUAGCUAUCGACCGCGAUCUGAUUAUCGUAAUGGGCGAUCUCAGCUUCCACGACGAGACCAGGCUCGUAGGCCUCCGCCACUGUUUCCCAAGACAGCAGCAAAUAGGCCUUUGAUGAAACUUCGCCACGACGACUCCACUGAUUCAUCCCUUACCGAUGUCAACUCGACCAAGUUUCGCAAUGUCGAUGAGCUCACUGACAGUGAAGAGGAGGACAUGGCGCAAUCGGAGGACGAAGAGGUGGACCUGCGAGCCAACAAGCGUGCCAGACUGAAUGGACCCGAAUCUACUGCAGCACCUGCUCUACCAAAAUGGUCAAAUCCCGAUCCAUACACAUCGCUUCCUCCCCAAGCAGAGACAGGGGCCAAACGCAUUGAUGUCGUCAAACUGAUUCGGAAAGCGCGUAUCGAUGGCACCCGCAGUCUCGAAAACGUCAAUAUUUCCCACGACUUCAUCUCCUUUGAUAGCGAUGAACACAAACCGAUUGAGCCUUUUGUGUCUCCCCUACCCCUUUCAAACACUCCGACGGCGCCCAAGGCACUUGCGCCUCAAGCACAGGUCAAAACCACUGUUACAGGCAAGAGAAAGCGAGACACUUCUCUUGGUAGCGAAGUACCACUGCCACAUUCUGACAACCAGAUUUAUGCCGAUCGUCAUGUGCAAGAACAGUGGAGAGCCGCACCUGGAGUUGAUACGACACCGUGGCUUGCCGCCCAUCCUCCCCGUAACAUUCCUUUAGUUGCCUUCCACAAAGAGAUCAUUGACUUCUACGACUGGGUCAAGCCGAAGCCACACGAGGAGGAAGUCCGUGACGAGGUUUUUCGACGCCUCAAUACCGUCCUGAAAGGUUUUAUGUACGGAGAAUUGCGGGCGUUCGGAUCUUAUGCCGCUGGUCUGUACCUGCCCACCGCAGACAUGGACCUGGUCUACCUCACUCGCAAUUUUAGACCUGGCCGAUUUUCACAGGAUGAUUCGAGGCGACUUGUCUACGGCUGUGCCAAGUUUCUCAGGCAGAAGAACAUUGCUGAAGGAGUCGUGGUACCUAUCCCCAAGGCCAAAGUCCCAAUCAUCAAGUUUGUCGACAGAGUCAGCGGCCUUAAGAUUGACCUCUCUUUCGACAAUGAUACCGGCGUUGUUGCUAUUGAUACAUUCCACAAAUGGAAGCAGGAAUAUCCAGUUAUGCCCAUCAUUGUGUCCGUGGUGAAGCAGUAUUUAAUGAUUCGAGGGCUUAAUGAUGUUUCAACUGGUGGCUUGGGUGGCUUUUCCACUAUCUGUCUGGUCACUAGUCUGCUUCAACAUUUGCCAGCUCCUAAGCAGCCAAUCAACCUCGGCGACAUCCUAUUGCAGUUCUUCAACUACUACGGGAAUCUCUUUGAUAAGGAGUCGGUGGCCAUCAGACUUGAUCCACCUGGAUAUUUACACAAGGCAUCUUAUCGUCCUCGACUCGCUGACAAAGAGUCGAAACGGCUUACUAUCAUUGAUCCAAAUCGAGCGGACAACAACAUCUCAGGAGGGACUAAAGAAAUCGAUAAGAUCUUCAAAUGCUUUUCUGAGGCAUACAAGGCGCUUAUGAGUCGACUGUCUGCUUACGAGAAGCGCAAUCCGCAGGCUCCUCAGAGCAGCUUUCUGGAAUGUCUCGUCGGUGGCAACUUCACGCUUUACGACUUUCAGCGAAAAAAAUUGCUUGAUCUUUGCUCCAACCGCCGCGAUUCGGCUGUGAAGAACAGAGGAUACGUGUCUGAGAUGUCUGAUCGACCCGCUGUUGUCCAAGCCAGUGGCAAACGGAACGAUCAACCGGACGAACCUGGAGGCUUCGCAGAGAGAACAGCUGCACAGGCGAAGAAGCUUGGGAAAGGCGAGAGACGAGCAAGACGGCUCAAAGACCUACGACCCGAUCUCGCACCGUCAAUACGGAACACCAUUAGCCUCAUUGAUGCUAUGAAGAUUGGAGGUUACAAAACACCAAAAGAGAUGGAUAAUGACCUCCAGAUACGAGAAGCGGCGGCGGCGAAGAUUGCUGCUGCCAGAGUCGAUUGA